CAUUUGUUUCUCUUAACCCUGGGUGAUAUCAAUGCGUUAAGAUAUUGCUCGUUCGAUAAAAUUCAGGUGAUCUCAACACAUCUAUUAUUUUAGUCAUCGAUCAUUUCGAAGACUGAUCGCAGUCACCAUGAACACUGCCAUUAGGUUAGUUUGCUUCGCAACGGCGUUGCUCAGUGUUUCCAGUUUCUCAAUACCAUUGAGACAGGACCCAGAGACCCUGUGCAUCGGCCAGCAGAAUUUCUUGAGAAUCGCAAAUGUCGAGAGCUGUACUUUCUACUACCAAUGCUACUCCGGCCAGUCAUACUCGAUGCAGUGUCCGUUCGGUUCAUGGUUUAACGAACAAGAACAGAUAUGUGACGAGUCUGAGGCUCCAGAAGACUGUGUGGUAGAAACGGAACCUACUCCAGAACCGGAACCUGAGGUAACUCCUGAACCAGAGGAAGAGGUUGAACCAGAACCAGAAGGAGAUCAAGAACCAGAAGAAGAACCAGAACCAGAAGAAGAACCAGAACCAGAAGAACAAGAGCCAGAAGAAGAACAAGUGCCAGAAGAGGAACAAGAACCUGAAGAGGAACAAGAGCCAGAAGAUGAACAAGAACCAGAUGAGGAGCCAGUAGAGGAACCUGUCACAGAACUUGAGCCCGAGGAGGAGCCAGAACAAGAUCAAGGAGCGGAAGAAGAACAAGCACCAGAAGACGAAAAUGAACUAGAACCAGAACAAGGAGAAGACUCAGAAGAGGACUCUGAAGUAGAACAAGAGUCAGAGUUUAAUCAGGAGCCGGAAGAGAAUGAGGUAGACGACUCAAAACGAAGAUAUAAAACAAGGAAAACAAGGCAAUUAGAUUCUGACGACGAUGGUGAUAAUGGGGAGGUUGAUGCUGAUGAGGAAGAUGAUGAUGAUGAAACAAAUAAUGACGAGGACGAAUCUGAACAAAAGUUCAAAACAAGAAAUUUAAAGCAAUUAGAAAGCGAAGAGGCUGAGGAGGACGUCGUUGAUGACUUGGUGGAUGAUCUGAAGAAGCAAUUAGAUACUGCCGAUCAGGACGAGGAAGAUGAUGUGAAUGAUGAAGAAGGCGAAGAAUUUGAAGAUGCCAAAAAACUGAAACAGUCGGAGGGAGAAGACGAAGACGAGCAGUCUAAUGAAGAUGAAGAGACGGAUGAUUCUAAUGAUGAUGAUGACAACGAAUCUAGUGAUGACGAAGUUUCUGACCAAUCAGAUCGAAAAUUUAAUACAAGAAACCUUAAGCAAUUAGACAAUGAAGAAGACGAGAACGUAGAUGAUCAGUCAGAUGAUGAUGAAAAUGACGAAGAGGAUUCCGACGAAUCGGUACGAAAAUUUAAAACAAGAAAACUGAAACAGUUAGAAAUUGAUGAUGAAGAAUUGGAGCAGACAGAUAACGAUGAAAACGAAGAAUCGGAGAACAAUAUGGAAAGAGGUAGAGAUCACAACCACAACCAUGGUCAUCACCAUGAACACAAUCAUGGUCAUCACGAUCAUAAUCACGACGAGUCCGAGGGAUCGGGCAGUGAAGAAAGUGAGGAACUAGUGGAUGUUAUUCCACAAGGAAUCCCCCUUCAAGAAGAUGUUGAAAAAGAUGACGAAACUGAUACACGAAGACUGAUGCGGUCUCCCCAACAAGUCAUCGACAGUGAGGAAUUAGAAGAAUCUAUUGAACAAGAAGUGGCUGCCCAAAACAUCUUCUAUAGAUGGCUACGCGCUAUUAAUUAGAUGUUUUUUUUUCAAAAGCAUUUCAUAUUGAGUGCUAUCUAAAACGUAGUGUUGAAUAAGUUAGUUAUAGUAUCACUUUGUGCAAUUUUGUAAAUAUGACGUGUGUACAAUAAAUUAUUAUGCGUUACUGUUUAAUUA